UUCCUUCCCUUAUACACCCGGAGCCAGCCAGCGUGUACUUGCAUACCCCUUAUUUAAACCCAAAUUUAGGGCUUUUUAAGGGUUGUAAGGGGCUGGAGGCAUGGCUGUGUGGUACCGGAAUGCCUUAGGAGUGGUGUGUGGUGUUGCUGGCGCCAUAUUUGUUGGGUAUUGCCUCUAUUUUGACCAUAGAAGGAGGAGUGAUCCCAACUUCAAGAAGAAACUGAGGGAGAGACGUCGCCGUGCUCUGAGGGGCCGGGGCAGCGGUGGGGGCACUGUAACCUGGCCCAACCUCAAAGACCAAGAGGCGGUCCAGAAAUUCUUCUUGUCCGAGGUCCAGGCUGGAGAGGAGUUGCUGGCCCAGGGUGAGAUUGAGUCAGGGGUGGACCAUCUGAGCCGGGCUGUGGCGGUGUGUGGGCAGCCCCAGCAGCUGCUUCAGGUGCUGCAGCAGACUCUGCCACCGCAAGUGUUCCAGCUGCUUCUGCAUAAACUACCUUCUGUUGGAGAGAGCAUACUUCAAGCUGCAGGUGGAGGGAAAGAUGGAGGCAGCAAGGUCAUGGAGGAGGACGUGGAGUGAAGUUACCUCCACCUGUUCCCUCCGCACCUCCACGUUUCCUCCACUUAGAGAGACUAUAGAUAAAUUAUUAUUAUUAUUAUUAUUAUUAUUAUUAUUGUUAUUUUUAUUUCCGAGGCAUUUUUUUGAGUUAAUUACGUAAACACACAAAUAAUUCUGUUUUUUUAUGCAAUUUGUUUUUCAUU